AUGGCAACGUCUCCGGUAGCAGAGGUCAGUCAGCAGCUCUGGGAUGAGACGCUGGGUAGACUUCUGAACCUGUCAUCGGCGACAAUUAAACGGAAUGCUGACCUCGAGAAUCGCUUAGCUGAACUCGAGGUCGAGCUUGCGGUCUGGAAACAAGCCCAUGCGACUGCUAUUGAAGGUGCAGACAGGGAGGCUAAGGCUCUCAAGGGGCGACUGGCUUCUCUGAAUUCUCAGGUGGCAUCAAUGGAAACUUUCAUGAGCCAGAGUCUACUCGUCCUCUGCGUCAUUGAUGGAGAUGCUUGUAUAUUUAAUGACUUGCUCCUUAGGCAAGGUCACGAAGGUGGCCGCCAGGCCGCACAACAAUUGACGAGGGCAGUCGCGGAUUAUUUAACCAACGAGGAUGUUCACGUUCUCGGUCGACUGUCAUUUUGGGUAACAAUUUACUUUAACAAGGCCAUACUGGCGAGUGUUCUCGAGCGACAUAAAUUAUGUAGCCCGGAGCAACUUGAUGCCUUCAUUAUGGGCUUCAGCCAGUCUUCGCCUAGGUUUGUUUUGGUUGAUGUCGGAUACGGCAAAGACGCCACCUUCACGAAAAUUACAGGUGGUCAGGAAAAUACAUACGCUUCAACUAUUGCUGCCCUACAAAAUGACGGACUUUUGGGAAAAGUCGCUUUCUUGGAAGCCUGCCGCGCGAGCCCUAACUAUGCUCAGAAACACCGUUUGCCAGUUCUGACUGUGGACACAUUGUUCAUCAACCAGAGACUCUCGCCACCCUUGAGGACACCUCCACCAUUGAAUAUGAACGGACUUAGUCCCACACUGACAUCUGGUGGAUUACCAACACCGCAUUCGCCACCCAGUAUGAGUGCUUCCUCAACGGGAAGGCUGGUGGACCCGACCUUGCCCCUUCAUAAGCAUUCUCCCCCACCUUGUAAUGAAUUCUAUCUCAUGUCCUGCACUAAAGGCGGGGCUUGUAAAUAUUCGCAUGACUAUAUCCUGACACCAGAUCAGCUGGCCACUCUUGCUGCUAACGCCAAAAAAGCUCCUUGUCUCCAGUGCCCAUACGGCGAGCGGUGCUGCUGGGGUCAUGUAUGCCCUAACGGUCCGAAGUGUUUCCACCUGAGUAAGGGCAAAUGCUGGUUCAAAGGCGAAAGCAUGCAUAAUGUUUCGCCUCAUCUAUCACCUUAG